AUGGCUUCGCAAAAUGGCCCGGCCGCGCCUGUCCCGCGAAAGAUCGUGACAUAUGGCAAACCUUCGCGCAAGCGCUUCAUGCGCGACGCGAUGCCCCUCCGAGCUGCCGAAUCAUUCUCUGCGCCAACCAACCGCCCUGGCGCUGCUGACGAGUCUGUUCCAAAACAAUCGAAGCUAUCAUUUUCGAGAUCAACAUCGGAUCCAUCGCCCCAAUCUCCUGUCGGCAGUCGAUCCAAUGAACCAAACGGUGCAAGACUGGGGAAAGAGCUCAAAGCAGAGACACACGAUACGACAGAUACCAAAAAACGAAAACGACAGCAAGCUGCGCUUCCUGAAGCAAUCGGAGAGGAGCCAACAUCUAUCCCUCAGAAACUAUCCAAUUCUACAGCUACACUACCACGACGACCAUUAGGAGGGACUUCAGAGAACGAAGGAAAAGCCGCUGCGCCACGCCGCUCGCCAAUCACGAAAAAGAGCCCCAAAGACAAGAUCGCGCGAUCUCGGCCCUUGCCUCGAAGCAAGUCUGAUAUCUCAAACAUUGAGACCAGCUCCAAAAUUGCGCCACCUGCAUUCAAGAGUCGCGACGAUGAGCCGCCGAGACCAAAGAAGAGACGUCCCCGACUUAUCGAUGCUUUGGCUGCUCAACGAGCCGACACGGAUUCGGAAGACUCGGCCCCUGAAAUAGAGGAAACCAGGCCUCCAUCAUCUUCAAAUGCCGGCACAGGCCACGGAGGCGUAACGCAUUCUCAACAGUCAGAGUCAGAGUCCCAGUCCCAGUCUCAGUCUCAGUCGCAGUCGCAGUCACAAAACAACUCGCAAUCGCAAAAUCAAUCCCAAGAUUCGACAAUGUGGCAGAGAAAUCGCCCUGCAGCAGCACUCAAAGGACGACGAGUCAAAUAUACGUACGGCCAAUCACGGUCAAUCCUGAGCGAAUCCUCUUCAAAACUUAGCGAGGCCAGCCAGGGAAUGGGGAUGGGUAUGGCCACUACUGAGGAAGAGCUGGAUGCGCUCUUGGCUACGCCCCCAGAGCCCAUCAACCCGGAUCCGUUUGGCCUAGACGACGAUGACGAUAUGGGAGAUGACGGUAUUCGACCUGCAAUUAAGAGCGUGCAUGAGCUACGGCGAGCUGGGGCAAAUAAUCGCUUCGCCGAUGAGAUGGAGGAUCUGCUUGCUCGGAUAGGAACCCCUAGCAGCAAUCCGUCUUCUUUGAGGAGAAGCGCAUUAUUGGAGCUUUCCCAGAAGCUACAGCGCAAAGAAUUCAUCAGCCAAUUUCGUGACCACGCAACGCGCGAUAAAGUCGCCGCUAAUAUCGGACAGGAGAAGGACGUGAUAAGCGGGUUCGCCCUCUCAGCAGUCCUCGUCAUAUUCCUUAACUUCAGCUCUGCGGCUCACUUGCUACAGCAGCUCGUUAACGACGGGCUCAGUGAGCUGCUUAGUGUGCUUCUACGAGUGCCCGAAGACAUUGAUGAGAUCGCCGCAGGCAAGAUGAGACUCUCCAAGACAACUAGAAACUCACUCAGUGAGGUAAAGAAAAUCCUAACAAAGCUGAACAUUUGGCACGGACGCCGUCCUGAGAAGCUCUCGCCCCAAACACUUGCACUGCAACUACUAAACAUUGUAUGCCAACGAAUCGACGCAAUGCAUUCAUCAGUUGUUGUCAAGGGUGUCGAAAAUGAUCUUGAGCUCGUCGUCGGAAAUUGUGUGAAGGCAGAUCCAAGAACUGACGCAGCAUUUGCUCUCGUGGUAUCAAUAUUGGAAUCUCAGUCUGGGCUGGCAAUGAACGAUGAGCAUGAGAUUUCUUGGGUUGCGCAGCAGACGCACCACGUGGCUCGUCUUCUCGAGAACAGUCUACAGCAGUGGCCAGAAAAGCCGGGUGAUAUUGAGACAGCAAUCCUCAAGUUGUCAAUCAAUAUGUCCAACACGGCACACGGAGCAGCAGCUUUUAGCGACAUAAUUCUGUUGACGAGUCUUUCUCAAGUCAUUCUCUCAGGCUUCAAAUCGGCCCUGGACACGAUGAACAGUCCGCGUCUAAAAGAAGAAACAUAUGAUGGACUUCUGCUGGUACUUGGCAUGGGCAUCAACAUCCUAGAGUACUGUCCACACGCACGAGAGAAUAUUGCGGGCGAGCAACUGGAUGGCCUGGUGGCUGUAUACUUGCAGUACCGGGUUCUGAUGCAAAAGGCUGCUUCGGAAGAAAACUUGAAACCAGGCGUAGCAAAGCUUGGCGUGGCAUUUGGCUAUCUUUCCAUCUUGCUAGGCUAUUUGUCUCUGGUAGACGCAGCCCGGCAACGAUUCGCAGAGCAGGCAGGAAGAGAAGGGCUUCCAAGCCUUAUUGGGUCGAUAAAGGAGUUUAUCGCCAUGUACAAAGAGGUUGAUAACAAGGUGACUGAGCUUGAAGGACUUGUCAAUGACUUACAACGACGGCAACGACAUUAA